GGAGGCCGCCGAGGCUCGAGAGCUUCGCGCGCGCUCUCCCGCCCUCUAUCGAUCACCCGUAGAGGGCCUCCAGGCUCCCCGCGUUGGUUCCUGGUCCCACGAGGCAGGGCGACGGUCCUUGCCUCUGCAUGGUGUCUAGGAGAUGCACAGGGUGCGGACUCUCCUGGCUUGGGCAGGGCCAAGGCCUCCUCACAGCUCUGGAGCUGAAUAAGGAGCCAGGGGAGCUUGAUCGCAUUCAGGCAGCUCCAAGUCCCUCUCAACAACACGGCAGAUGUCCAGCAAGAUGUCAAGUGGCAGUGACAUAGGCCAAGCACGCUGGGCAGUGGAGCAGCUGCGGAUGGAGGCCGGCAUUGACCGUGUCCAGGUAUCCAAGGCAGCAGGGGAGCUCUUGCAGUACUGUGUGGAACAUGCCAAGAGUGACCCAUUCCUCAUGGGCAUCCCAGCUGCUGUCAACCCCUUCAAGGAGAAAAAGCCAUGCACCAUCCUGUGACCCCCCCUCUCAAGGAACACCUGUGUCUUUAGACACCCCUACUCUUGGAUUCCUUCCUUCAAAUUCCUCAUUCAAUACCCCUAUCAACAGACUCUGCACCUUCCUGUCCUAAGGUGCCCUGGCACCAGGUCCCCAUGGCUUGAGAUAUACCCCACCCCUAGCACCUCACUGCCCAAUAUCCCUGAAUCCUGAGACAUUGCCAUCCUGUGCCCCACCUCAAAACCCCUUGAUCUCCUCUCCCAUCCCUUCAAUUCCAGAGGGUCUGAGAACCCCAGGAAAAUACGAGUCAGGUCUUAUUAAAGUCCUCAGCUCUG